AUGAAAAAUAAGGUAGAUGCAAAAGAAAAUAAACGACAAAAAGACUUCAAGUAUCAGUCUUUUAACUUAAAAUUACAUUUAAAAGAUAAAAAAAAGAGUAGAAGAGAAAAGAAAAGAAUUAGAAAAAGAAUUCAUAAAAUACUCAACACAUAUUGAAACACACAAAAAUUAACUAUUGAACUGGGAAAAAGAAUAAUGGCAGUGAGUUUAAGAGAUUAGCUUUGUUUAUUUUUUAUUCUAAUAGAAUUUUUAUUUAUAGGGUCGGCUUUCACUAGAGCUCUUAAACAGAGGUCUAAAUUUUAGUUGCAUAGGGAAAAAAUGAUCUAAGAUCGUUGAAGAGGUUCAAGAUUUUCAUGCCCAGAGUAUCUGAAGAAGGUGAGACUUAGGCGGAACAGCACAGAAGCUAGUUUGGUCAGGACAAGGGGACUAGUCUUGGGCUGCUGGCUUAGACCGAGCCUCCUUUAGCUCAGCUAUAUUGCUGGUGAAGCCAUUUUUUAGGUAUGGACACAGAUGGAGCAUAGUCUAUUUUUGAACCGUGACGUCAAAAGAGCGUUAAGCUCUACAGUAGCUAGAGACUUUAAUAUUAAGCUAAUAUUUAUUCACUGGAAAAAAAGGACCUUCCAUUAUAAGCUUAACGAAAAUCAUUUUACCAUCUAA